CUUUGCCACUCUGUACCUGCCUGAACUGCCUACAGUUCACUUUAGGCUCGGGUCCGAUACUCUCUUUCAACCUUUCAGCCCAUUCACUUGGCCGCUUCCUUGCUCCACGCAGCCAUGAGGACCACUGGGGUCGCCGUUGUCAUGGUGAUGUUGUGCGGGAUGAUGGUGGACGCAGAUGUGAAGCCGCAGAGAGAUUUCAACCUGCAGGAGUUCACAGGGAGAUGGUACCGGGUGGGCCUGGCCUAUGACUCUCCGGGUUUUGCCCCCUACAGAGACAAACUGAAGGCCUCCAUGGGCAUCGUCACAGCUCUGCCAAACGGAAACGUUAACCUCACAAUGUGGGAUGCCACACCAUUAGGUUGUCAGAUGAAGGUGUAUCACUAUGAGAAGACCAACGUACCUGGACAGUUCACCUACUUCAGCACACGCCACAACAUGGUGAAGGACAUCACCGUGGUGGAUACAAACUACACUAGCUACGCUCUGGUGGUCAAACACAAGGUUUUUCACAGAGAGUACACACAGGUGGCACUUUACGGUCGCUCUCAAACGGUCAGAACUGAUGUAAUUCAGAAGUUUAAAGUCUUCGCUUUACACCAGGGUUUCCCCAGAGAGUCUAUCUUGACUCCACCUCCAGCAGAAAAUUGCCCAGCAUCAAGAUCUGGUUAGGGUCCCUGAUGUACCUGAGAUGACGGUGGCAAGCAUAUUCUGACAUAUCGCUCCAGCUCUGUGCUCACUGGUUUCGGUUUCCUGGGAUUUUGUAUAAAGAACUUUAAAGAACUCUCUCAGCAAGCAUCAUCAUUCAAGCUACAAAAAUAACAAAAGCAAUGAAAUGUAUGCAUCUUCCUCUUUUAUGUGGUGUUUUACAUUAUUUCCAAGGUUUUGCCGCGCUGACAUAGAUAAACAUACUAUUAUUAACCCCCAGGCUAUUUAAAUCAUUUCUGUUUUUUCCAAGUCACCAAGCUUUUUUUUUCACCCAAAUUAUAUUCUGAGUUUUUAAUGUUAACCACCUAUAAUCAGUUGUGCUGUUUCACAUUGCUGACCGAGUUAAAUAAACAAUAUUAACCUCCA